AUGAAGAAGAAGCCGACUUCCAAGGCCGGAAAGGAGGUCAAGAAGAGUGUAGAUGGCGUUAUUCACGCCACUGCGAACGGGGUGGAGGGUGUCAAGUCGUUGAACGGACAUGCGAUGUACGUGAACGGAAAUGGCAUCUC